CUUUAAUUAAUUAAAUAUUUGUAAAUACCUUCAUUAACAGCAGUUGCAUGAGUGUUGAUCGAUAGUUGCAUGAAAUGUAAAUAAUUUAUGUGUAUCAUCAUCGCCAUUCCUACACCUAUGCUUUCCUUUUAUCCUAUCCUUUUCCUGAUGGAAGAAAACUUAGCCACCUUCCCGAUUGGUUUCCAUCGAAUAAUAUUAGUUUGAUUGUUUUUAUUUUGAUGGCUGUUUUUAAUUAUAAACAAACUAAUAUUAACUAAGAGCAAGUAUCCCGAUUUAUUGUUUUUACGCACACUGUAGCGAAAAUUAAAUUUUAAGUAUCACGUAAUAAUUAAACUAUUAUACACUAUUACAAUUUUCAUAGUGCGUCACAUAUAAUAUUUAUUUAUUAUUUACAUCUACGCUGCUAUUAUUUAAUUUUAUAACAUUCAUGUAGCAAGGAGAUUGACAUUCGGCUGACUUGACGACUGCAAGCUUAAAAUUUGAAUGGCGCCGUGAGAGUGAGAGAGACAGCACGAUAGAAAUUGAUGGCUGCCGCCAUCUCGCGGAGCGUACCGAACUAUCGCUUUCCGUCCCCUCGCCGCCCAGAUAACAGCACGUGCUGUCUCCACCGAGACUUGUUGUGCCGCACGGCGUGCUGUCCGUGUGCCGUCUCUGUGCUAUCAAGCGGGGACAUCUGGCGGGCGUUUUUUUGCAGAGCAUGCUCUUGACGUGCCGCACGUCGUGCUGUCACUGUGCCGUCCAGUUGCUGUCUCGACCUAGGGCGUCUGUACGCGACGGCACAGAGACUGCACAGCGACAGCACGCGUGCCGCGUGCUCAGAAUGUUGCAUUAUUAAUAAUUAUGGACUUUAAUUAGUAAAGAGCAUACAUUUAUUACUUUUUUUAUUCUCUCCAAACCGAAUUACAUUUAAACAUUAUUUUAUUACAUAAUUCUAAUUAUUAGCGAUGAUUAUUAGGUGCAAUUGUGCAUCAAAUUGUAAGAAGAGUUGUGGCUCAGAGGCUAGAGCUUCGGACUUCUGAUCCAAAGAUCGCGAGUUCCAGCCCUACACCCGGCAGAUUUUUUUUUCUUACAUAAAAUUUUUUUUAUACUAUAUAACAAAAUUUAUUAAUUAUUUAUGAUGUAGAUGCUUAGUUAUGCGUUCUAACUAAUUUUUAUUUAGCGUUAUUUUUAUAUGCGAUAAAAUCGCUCCCCGCCGGUAGCGUUUUCUGCUGGCACAGAGACGGCACAGAGACGGCACGUCGUGCUGUCUCGCCGUGCCGUCACGUGCCGUCUCUGUGCUGCGGCAGCUGGACGUCACGUGCUGUCGUGGAUGCCGCCAUCUCGUGCCGUCACGGGGACGUCUCUGUGCCGACACGUUGUUAUCUGGGCGCUAUACGAACCGUUCUUCUAUAUGAAGUCUAUAUUCGUUGUUAUUUUUGUAGCGUCGGCGAAAAGUGAUCACGUUUGAUUUUCUGCACAAGAAGAGUUUGCAUUACUGUGUUGUUCGCGUCGAAAAAUUUUCGAGUUCAUGAUUAGAAAGUGGCAAAGUAACUUGUGCUUCUUACAUUUUUUAUACGAAAUAAUUCGUUAAGGUUAUGUAAAGACACAUCAGCAAAAAUGAGUAAAAAAAGCAGUGAAUUUGUUGCUGUCUUUACAAGACGCAACCAUCAAGGAAACCCUGAAGAAUCUCAAGAAACACUAUUGACUGAAUCAGGAGACAGCCAAAGCAUGGUAUCGUGGACGGAUACCAGCAUAAAGGCAUAUUUUAAGCAGAUUUUACCAUAUGUAUCGCCAAUAUUUUUGAUAAUCAAAUGGAUUGGAUACCUUGUGAUGUUUAUUCUUACUACUUACGUACUUUUGCAAUGUACACAAUAUUUCAAAGAAGCCAAAAUACAACAAGAACAUAUCUACGAAGAAUUGAAUAGUUUUCAUGUAAACGCAGAAGAAAAAUUGAAAGAGUUAAAUGAUCUUCAAGAAACUAUGGAGGACAAACUUGAAAAUAUAAAUAUACUUACCGAGCAGGGCUCGAAGAGAAUCAAAGACAUGUUUACAUUUUCUAAGACUGAUUUGUUGAAAGAUUAUGAAGAAGAUAAUGGAGAGCAGUGUGAUUUUAUUCCAUUGAAUUUAAGAUUUGAUUGUCAUCCAGAAAAUGGAGCCUCUGAACUAUCAUGCAGAAAUAGAGGUUGUUGCUGGAAUGUACUACAUCAAUUACACUAUGAAAAACUAGUUCCUCUUGAUGUGCCUUAUUGCUAUUAUCCAAAAAAUUGGAGUUUGUACAAGUAUCAAAACUUCAGUAAAGAUGGUAAUGAUUUUUCUGGACUGUUGCGUUUAGAAAGAGAUUCAUUCUACAAAAAAGACUUGAAACUUGUGAAGAUUGAAGCUACUGGUAUAGAUGAUACUACUUUAAGAGUAAAGAUUUUUGAUCCUAUGAAUAAAAGGUAUGAACCGCCUUUCCCAGCAAGAUCAGAUCCUAGGCCAUUCAUGAAGAAGACUUCUAAUCCACUUUAUGAACUCAAGAUGGAUGAAAAUGUUCCUGGUUUCAAAGUAAUGCGAUCAAGUGAUAAAAGAACUCUAUUCAAUUCUAUAGGAUUUGGUGGCUUCAUCUUUUCUGAUCAGUUCCUUCAAAUAAGCUCUGUAUUACCUUCUCAUAAUAUUUAUGGACUUGGAGAGCACAGGACUAAUUUAAGAUUGAACACUAAUUGGCAAAAACUCACUCUUUUUAAUUCCGAUCAACCUCCUACCGAAAAUGCCAACCUUUAUGGAUCUCAUCCAUUUUACAUGGUAGUUGAGAAGACAGGAAAGGCACAUGGUGUUCUAUUUUUAAAUAGUAACGCGAUGGACAUUAUUUUGCAACCAACCCCUGCAAUUACAUUCAGAAGUAUUGGAGGCAUUUUUGAUAUCUACUUUUUUACGGGCCCAACACCAGCUGAUGUAUUGAAGCAGUACUCUGAAAUAGUUGGAAAGCCUUUCUUACCACCAUACUGGUCACUAGGUUUUCAUCUUUGUAAAUAUGGUUAUGGAACUUUAGAAAAGACUAAAGCCGUUUGGCAGAGAACAAGAGAUGCCUUAAUUCCCUUUGAUACUCAAUGGAACGAUUUGGACUAUAUGGAUAAUAACAACGAUUUCACCUAUGAUAAAACUAAAUUCAAAGAUCUUCCAAAUUUCAUUCAAGAAAUCCAUGAUGCUGGAAUGCAUUACAUUCCAUUAAUUGAUGCUGGCGUGUCAGCAAAUGAGAAGAAUGGCACGUACAUUCCGUAUGAUGAAGGCGUCAAACGGGGCAUAUUCAUAUUCGAUGGAGAAAGCAAUGAACCAUUUAAAGGAAAAGUAUGGAAUACAGUAUCUACUACUUGGCCCGACUUCACGAACCCAGAAACGACUUCUUAUUAUACAGAAAUGAUGAGCAAUAUGCACAAAGAUUUUGAAUAUGAUGGUGCUUGGAUAGACAUGAAUGAACCGUCUAACUUCUAUAAUGGCCAUAUUAACGGCUGCAAGGCAACUUCCCUUGACAAUCCUCCAUAUUUACCUAAUGUCAAUGGUAAUCUAUUAGCAAGAAAAACCGUUUGCAUGAACGCCAAACAGCAUUUGGGUAAUCAUUAUGAUCUUCACAACGUUUAUGGUACUAGUCAAGCAGUGGUUGUAAAUCAUGCAUUGAAACAAAUCCGCAACAAAAGACCAUUUAUAAUUUCCCGAUCUACGUGGGAAGGACACGGUUUUUACGCAGGACAUUGGACUGGAGAUGUAUAUUCCGCAUGGCAUGACUUGAGAAUGAGCAUACCAGAGAUUUUAGCCUAUAGCUUGUUUCAAAUUCCGAUGGUCGGCGCAGAUAUUUGUGGCUUUGACGGAAAUACUACGGUAGCCCUAUGUAAUAGGUGGAUGCAAUUAGGAGCAUUUUAUCCAUUCUCUCGAAACCACAAUUCAGAUGAUACCAUUGAUCAAGAUCCAGUAGCAAUGGGCCAAUUGGUUGUCGAGUCUUCCAAGAAAGCUUUAAGAAUCAGAUAUCGACUUUUACCAUACUUGUAUACCUUGUUCUAUCGCGCACAUCGUUACGGCGAGACCGUGGCUCGACCUUUGUUUAUCGAGUUCAAUGAAGAUCCCAUGACGUUCAACAUAGAUACCCAAUUCUUAUGGGGUAGUUGUCUUAUGAUAGCGCCAGUUCUCGAGGAGGGUAAGACUGAAGUGCAUGUUUACAUUCCCAGAGGCCUUUGGUACAACUAUCACACGAUGGAAUUUUCAUUUACUAUCGGUAAAAAUUACACAUUGGAUGCUCCGAUGGAUACCAUCCCAUUGCUAGUUCGUGGAGGAUGUAUUAUACCUGUUCAAGAGCCAAGUGUUACAACAAGCCUUAGUCGACAAAAACCAUUUGGUUUGUUAAUUGCUCUUGACGAACAUGAAAGUGCCAAGGGGGAAUUGUACUGGGACGAUGGAGAUAGUUUAGAUUCAAUCGAGAAGAAAAAAUAUAAUCUGUUUGAGUUCGAAGUUUCAAACAACGUAUUAACAAGCACUGUGAUCGAAUGUUCCUUUGACGAUAAAAUGAAACUAGGAACAAUCAUUGUCAUGGGUAUCUCUAAAGUUGUCAAACAGGUCUUAUUCAAUGACAAGGACGUUGAAUUUGAAUAUGAUAAGGAAAAAUCUGUUUUGUACGUGAAUAACAUAUUAGUUGACUUUACAAAGAAAUUUGAAUUGCGCUGGAGCUAUAAGAAAAUAGAAGACCCUUCGACAACAACGGCAUUACCAAUUCAAAAAUAUUCAACUAGUCAUCCUGCUGAUGUUGAUGCAAGCCAUAACGAGGGACAGUAUAUGAAUUCUGCUCCGACUUAUUCAAGUAGUAUUACUUAUGCAUCUCUCUUGAACUUAAUAGUCAUCAAGUAUUUUAUGUUAGUAUAGAACUCUACUUAUCGCCGUUAUAAUUUUGACUAUGUUUUUGUAUAUUUCAUUAUCAUCAACUUUUUUGUUGCACUUUAUUACAAAUUAGUGAAACGUAAGACUUAAAAAUGUUGAACUCAAGUGAUAUGUUUAAUUGCGUUAUUUAGAGGAGCAUUUAUUGUGCUUUUAUAAAAUCAAUUGUGAUCUAUUUUCCUAAUGUCUAAGAAAUAGUGGUUUUACCAAAUUUUAUACAAGUUUUAAUUAAAUAUUUAUUAUCUGAUAAAGUUAAAUGCAAGAAAUCACUUUUUCUUAGAAAUAAUAUUAACGCGAGUUUACGAAUAAGAAAAAGAGAUCUUAUCAAAUCAAACAAAUAACUCUCAUUGAAGAGGCAAUAAAAUAUAUAAAAAUAAAUUAAACGCUGAUUUUGAUAACCAAUUUAUACUAUCAAAGAGUACAGUAUAAGAAACAUGUAUUUAAAAAAUACUAUUUUGUAACGUUCUUACAUACGUAAAGAAAUUAAUAUAUUUUAAGACUGCUUUAUUGUAUUCUCGCUAUACAUCAAUAAAGUUUGAUUAACUAACAAAUGUUGAACAUUUUACUCGAGCUAAUGAUAUUUAUUACUAUUAUAACUAUAAUAUUAAAAAAUAAUAUAGGUGUUGGGAGGAAUUGAAUAAAAAGAAUCACAAAAUCAGUUGCAUAUAGACAAUAUAUAUUUUUCUGCAUUCUAGUUGUUUUUUUUUGGACUUGGUACAGAAAAUUUGGAUUCGCCCUGUGGCAAAGAUUAUUUUGAAGUCGAACAUCGAAAUGCUUUUUAAUUCGACUACAACAUUCGAAGCAACCUUAAAUCUAGUUAUUAUCAACCACAUGUUCAUAUUUUGCAUUUUCAAUUGCACUGCUAAUAAUGAUGUGAUACGCCUUAAGUAAGAGAUGAAUAAGUAACUCUAUAUGUAUAAAAUCAUUUGUUGUAUCAAGCAUGGACAAAAUAGUGCCUUAUACAGUCCGAUAAAUUAUUCGUAUUAAAUCUCACGACAUUUUACACGGCAAUGAUUCUAUUGAAAAAUAUAUGUAUAUAUAUUUGAUAAGUUAUUUUUGGGUCAAUAAAUAUUUGUAUUCUGUAACGCAAAGGUACUUUAUUGUCUGUGCUUAAUGUUACUUAAGUUUUGUGCGGAAAUCGUUUCUACUAUAAAUAUCUCACAUUCAAAUUAAUUAAUGCGGUAUAUAUUCUUAUCGCUUACCCAUAAUUUUGCGCUUGCUCGUCGUACACAAUCAAACAAUUUAAUGCACAUAAUAAUUUUGAUGAAUUUUUCGAAUACGUUCGAAAGAAAUUUCAUAAAUCACGACACCAUUUUGAUUUGUAAAUUAAAGUAUUUCUAUACUUUUCAUCGUUUUCCUCUCAUUUUUUAUAUAAAUUUAAGUAAGACUAUGCGUACUUAAGUUUUUUAUCAAGUUUUAACUUGAGCAAUAAUACACACUGUAAAGUAUAUUCAAACAAAGCUUGUACGUCCUAAACGCUAGAUUUUUACUUUACUUUUGAUUUCGUUAGAUCACAUUGAAAAUUUCAUAUAACGAUAAAUAUAAAUAAAUUUUCGCAUCGUAUCAUGGCACUUAUUAUAUAGAAAAAGAUUACGUUUUCAUUCGCGAAUUAAAUUCUUUCUUUUUUUUCUUCUCUCGAAGUAGAAAAACUCCAUACAAUUUUUUUCAGUCAUUGAUUGCAAUGAUAACAAUAUAUUCGGGCACGUGUCAUGAGAAUUUAUAAUCGAACGGAAGAAACGAGAAAUAUGUGUGUCGAAUCGAGUAGUACAAUAAUUGUUUCUUCGAUCGCGUUUACCCACUGAAAAAAGUAUGUCCAUGCGAUAACAUCACACAUUACGAAACUAUGUAACAGGUGUACAUACGUUGUAUAUAGUCACGCUCAAGCAAGCAUUUUUACAUCGGAGACAUUUUCGAGCUUAAUACCUCCUUUGGUACACAUCGAUUAACCCAAAAAAGUCGCUUUUACGAAAACCUAUACAAUAUAAGAAGUCUAAUUUUCGGUUACUUCAAAUCACUUUGGCACUCGUUACGAUUAAAAUUAAACACACACAAAUGAAAAGCUCUCGCAUACAUUAUGUACGAAAAAAAUACACUUUUCGUUCCGUGUAUACACAUAUUAAAGUGUAUGUGUGCG